UUAGCAGUUGAGGAAACUGGUUUGGAAGGGGUUAAAUGGAGUCCCUGCCUCCCAGCCAGGAGCGAAUCAGGGCUGGUAGGGGAGGAGCCAGGCUGCUCCUAAGGAAAGAGGUCUAGACCGGCCAGUUGCCGAUUGGAGAGGGAUGGGAAGAGAUGCCGCAGGGUUUGAGGGGCUUGGCACAGCGGCCCUGGCCUCUGCACUGUGAUAGCUCCAAGCCAGACAGUGCAGGGCAGCUGCUGGGCUGCAGGGAAGAGGGGCUACACUUCCUGAGCUGGGGCAGCGGCAGAGUGGAUGAGGACCAGGACCCCACGCCCGCCUGGCUCUCCAAAGCGGGGGCACCAGCUGCACCCAGGCUGUGACCUCAGCUGACUCCGAUGAUCCACAUGGGACGCAGGGUCUAAUUUUAGCUCCAGCCACAUGCCCACAGCCCAGGAGUGUCUGCCAGCAGGCACAGGGGCAGCCAGGGCUGCUCAGGCGAGGGGAGGAGUGGGAAGACCAGCCCUGCUCCCUCCAGCCUGUCCCUGGCUAAGCCGCCCCCUGUGGGAGCCCUGACUGGUCCCCAUGGCCUGGCAGACAGCCCUCCUCUCAGUUGAGGGUAAGGUCAAGGGGUGCAGCCAGCAGGGCAGAGGGACACGGCCCUGCAUUCUGGACAGGGGUUGCGUCAGCCACAGCAGUGCGCCGGGGCAGUGGUCCCUACUGGGAGGGCAAACGGUGGCUUGGUUGUCCAAGGCCGAGGAGGCAGAGUCUUGAGAGCAGGGGGCCAGGCCAGCAAGCUGGGUCCUACCUGGCCUCCUCCUGCCUGGCCUGUGACUCACUGUCUGACCUUACACAGGUGGCCUGGUCUCCAUGGGCCUCAGUCUUCUUAUCUGCACAAUGAAAGCGCAGGGCUAGCAGGCGGGUCCCAGCUCCUGUUUCCCCCGACAGGCCCUGCUCUUCCUGCUUGCUUGCUGGCAGAGGCCUCCCAGCUUCCCCAGCCCUGGCUGUGGGUGGCCACAUGCAGUCGUGGAGAAGAAAGUCCGUCUGGCUGGCACUGUCAGCCUCCUGGCUCCUGCUCGUCCUGCUGGGAGGCUUCUCCCUUCUCCGCCUGGCAUUGCCUCCCAGACCUCGGCCCCGGGCUCCCCAAGGCUGGCCUCGCUGGCUGGACGCAGACCUCCUGCAGAGCUUCUCCCAGCCUGGAGAGCUCCCAGAAGAUGCCGCUCAGCCUCCUCGAGCCCCCCAUGGUGGCAGCUGCAACUGGGGAUCCUGCUUUGACACCUCGAAGUGCAGGGGUGAUGGCCUCAAGGUAUUCGUGUAUCCAGCGGCUGGACCGAUCUCUGAGACCCAUCGCAAGAUCCUGGCUUCCAUUGAGGACUCUCGCUUCCAUACAUUCAGCCCUGCUGGGGCCUGCCUCCUCCUCCUCCUCAGCCUGGAUGCCCAGACUGGAGAGUGCAGCUCAAUGCCUCUGCAAUGGAACAGGGGCAGGAACCAUCUGGUCCUUCGUCUCCACCCAGCCUCCUGCCCCAGGACCUUCCAGCUGGGACAGGCUAUGGUGGCCGAGGCCAGCCCCACAGUGGACUCCUUCCGUGCUGGCUUUGAUGUGGCCCUCCCUUUUCUCCCUGAAGCCCACCCAUUGCGAGGUGGGGCUCCUGGCCAGCUGCGGCAACACAGCCCCCAGCGCGGGGUAGCCCUGCUAGCCCUGGAAGAGGAGAGGGGUGGGUGGCGCACAGCAGGCAGCAACUCCUCUGCCUGCCCCUGGGAUGGGCGCUGUGAGCAAGACCCUGGACCUGGGCAGACCCAGCGCUGGGAGAUGCUGCCCAAUGCCACCUUCUGCCUCAUCUCUGGCCACCGUCCCCAGGCUGCCUCGCGCUUCCUCCAAGCCUUGCAGGUCCUGGCUGCCCUCCAGGAGAUGUCCCCUGCACAGGUCCUCGCCCUUCGUCAGCAGACCCAGUUUCUGUGGGAUGCCUACUUCUCCUCUGUGGAGAAGGUCAUCCAUACCACUUUGGAGGUUAUUCAGGACCGGAUCUUUGGAACAUCAGCUCACCCCUCACUACUGUGGAACAGUCCCCCAGGGGCACUCCUGGCCCUGUCUACUUUUUCCACGAGCCCCCAGGACUUCCCCUUCUACCACCUGCAACAGGGCUCCCGCCCUGAGGGCAGAUUCAGCGCCCUGAUCUGGGUGGGGGCCUCUGGCCAGCCCCCCCUGAAGCUCAUCCAGGCGGUGGCAGGCUCUCAGCACUGUGCCCAGAUCUUGGUUCUCUGGAGCAAUGAGAGGCCACUCCCAUCCAGGUGGACGGAAACAGCAGUGCCCUUGACAGUCAUUGAUGGGUGCAGGAAGGUUAGUGAUCGCUUCUUCCCAUACAGCACCAUCAGAACUGAUGCCAUCCUCAGCCUCGAUGCCCGCAGCAGUCUUUCCACAAGUGAGGUGGACUUUGCCUUUGUGGUGUGGCAGAGCUUCCCGGAGCGGAUGGUGGGCUUCCUGACGUCGAGCCAUUUCUGGGACGAGGCCCAUGGUGGCUGGGGCUACACUGCUGAGAGGACAAAUGAGUUUUCCAUGGUUCUCACCAUGGCUGCCUUCUACCAUAGGUAUUACCACACUCUCUUCACCCACUCCCUGCCCAAGGCUCUGAGGACCCUGGCAGAUGAGGCACCCACCUGUGUGGACGUCCUGAUGAAUUUCCUAGUAGCGGCAGUCACCAAGCUGCCCCCUAUCAAGGUUCCUUAUGGCAAGCAGCGACAGGAGGCUGCUCCACUGGUGCCUGGGGGCCCGGACACCGGGCCAAAGCUGCAGGCCCCAGACCCCAACUGCAUCAACCAGAUAGCGGCAGCGUUCGGCCACAUGCCCUUGCGGUCCUCUCGUCUGCGUCUGGACCCGGUGCUCUUUAAGGACCCGGUGUCCGUGCAGCGCAAGAAGUACCGCAGCCUGGAGAAGCCCUAGGGGGCGACUCGCAGAGACCCCAGCGGAGGUCCCAGCCCUGCUCCCAGAGGGCGCAGCACCUGCCUGCGGGCUCCGCCCAGGGACACGGGAAAACCAAUCAUGGCAGCCAGAGGGCCCACAUGUCGGACCCCGGUUGGCCAAUUACAGCAGGGGGUGUGGCCUUAUCUUCUCCCGCCAGCCCUCGGCGGCAGAGCUAAUAGAGGCCGAGCACCGUGCCUGGAGCGCCGCCCUCUCUCUGCGUCUUCACCCAGCUGACUUCUGCUUGUCUUUCAGAGCAUCGCCUCCUCCAGGGACUUGCCUCUCCUUCCUCCCCGACCCGGAUGGGUUGGGUCUCCUUUGCGCUUUCGCAGCCCAGUGUUUGCCGCGAUCCCGCCCGGUCAGGUCCCAGGACUGGCUUGCGGGCCCGGUGGAGGAGCGGGGGGCGGGUCGUGUCGUGUCCUUUUCUCUCUGACCCGGCAGGUGUGCCGCAAAUAUUUGACAAAUGGAUUGAUGGCAGACAUUAACUGCGUGCCUGCCUCGAUGCGGGUGGAGGUGGGACACUGAGCGGAGAGACAGAGCUCCCUCCAUCCAGGGUUCCUAGUCCCGGGAAGGCAGCUACCCAAAGACGACUGCGUUGCCAGGCCCAAUCCUUGGGCCUCAGCCAAGGAGCAGAAGGGUGCGGGUACACGAGGAGUGGGGUGAGGAAAGCGGGAUGGGAACAAGUGGCUGUCCCCCGCCCGGUGCGCCCCCGCGGCUCAACCUGGGCCGUCUGCCUUGCACUACCAAUGCUGACCACUAGAGGUCAGCGCCGCGCCGCACUCCCCACCCGCAGGGCAGAGGGCUGCCGGGGACGUGGAGGGUGAGCGCUGUGGGCAGCUGAGAGUCUGAAAUCUGGGGAGAGGAAUCUGAAGAACAGUCCCAUCUCUUUGGCCUGAACACUUGGAACUCAGUAAGAAGGGACUGUUUCUAGGUGGGCUGGGCGCGAGUGGGGACUGUCCCGAACAGGGACUAUAGUUGAGGUGGGAAUUGGGGCGGGGACACUAGGUCCUCCCGGGUUCACCUACCUGGAACUGGAAUUAUCACUUCGGAAAUAAAGCGCGUGUCCUUGUCCCCUCA